GUACACAAAAGCUGCACCCCAAAGUGGGGCACUCAGCUCGAACUCGUCUGACUACAGUUCACUAGUGUGAACAGGCAGAAAGGUGCACAGUUUCCCUCUGAAUUAAAAUCACACGUUUUUAGUUUCUCAUCUCAAAGUGGGAUAUUUCCCAUAAGAAGACAUGAAGCCAGCAGUGAUUCUGCUGGGCCUCAUCCUCCUGCUGGACAAAACCUUUUCUGCAGAAGAGUCCUGCGUGGGUCGCUGCGGCUCCUUCAGCCCGCGGAGCAAAUGUCAGUGUGACUCCAAGUGUGUGUACUAUGGAAGCUGCUGUGAGGACUUCGAAACCAUAUGCCCUAAAAAAACUGUGCGCGGCGACACCUUCGAGGACGGAGAUGACGUGAUGGCUCCUAAUGAGAGCGCUACAGCCUCAGUACCCACUUUCAACGCAGAAGUACCAACCACCCCUGCCUCUCCUCCGCCCACCACCGCACCAGGGACUAAGCCACCUGUGGACCCUGACGCAGCGGCCUGCAGUGGUCGACCGUUUGAUGCUUUUCUGCAGCUGAAGAAUGGAUCAAUAUAUGCAUUUAGAGGUGAAUACUUCUUUGAGUUGGAUGACAAGUCCAUACUUCCUGGUUACCCCAAACUCAUUCAGGAUGUGUGGGGAAUCUCUGGGCCCAUCGACGCUGCAUUCACACGCAUCAACUGCCAGGGAAAAUCCUACAUCUUUAAGGGGAACCAGUACUGGAGGUUUGAAGGUGAUGUCUUGGAUGUGGACUAUCCUCGAGACAUAUCAGUCGGCUUUGAUGGCAUACCAGAUGCUGUUGAUGCCGCGUUUGCCAUACCAGCACCGAGUCACCGUGGCAAAGAGAAAGCCUACUUUUUCAAAGGGGACAAUUAUUACCAGUAUGAAUUCAAACAUCAGCCUUCCCAUGAGGAGUGUGUCCUCAUGAGUACGUCCUCCCCGUCUCUUCUUUUCACGCAAUACACGGACCUCUUCUGCGAUCCGACAUGGGAGGACCUCUUCACAGAGCUCUUUGGAAGCUCCUUCAGCAGUCACCACACAGGCCUCCGUUUCACCAGUAGGGACUGGCAGGGCAUCAGGCCCCCAGUAGAUGCUGCCAUGGUGGGACGAGUCUACCUCAGUCCCAAGCCCACAUCUUCUCCGUUAACAAAGAGGAGGAGCGGUCGGAGGAAGAAGCCCAGCAAGAAACGUACACAACGAAGAAGGAUGAAUCGCCAUGUGUUGUUUGAUGAUUUGUGGGGUUACGGUGACUGGUUUGACUAUGACUACAGAGACAACACCGAUGAGAGCACCACACAGACGCACAAAAGCACCCCUGUUCAAAAUGUGUACUUUUUCAAGAAAGAUAAAUACUACAGAGUGGAUCUGCAGACAAAACGUGUGGACUCUGCCAACCCUCCUUACCCACGAUCCAUUGCCAAAUACUGGCUGGGCUGCAAGCAUGAAGAAGCACCUGAUGCAUCAAGAGCAGAGAGGAGAUAGACCAGCUGACUGAGUCCUUAGCUUGGAGAAACUAGUUUAGUGUGUGUUUUAAACGCAUCUCUGUACGGCAAGUCUCAAAGUAAUUCCAAUGUGAGCUUCUAGUGGCUUCUGUCAUUUUUUGUUAAUCUAUUUUGUUCAUGAUAAACUACUCCCCCUCAUGCCCCAUCCAUAUUCAGACGAAUAAACUGAAAUUCUGCA